GAGAGAGAGAGAGAGAGAGGCGGCUGAGUCGUUUCUGUGAGCGCGUGGACUGCACCAUAGCAUUCCGUACCCAGGAUACUGUCACCAGCCAUGCCUUUACCCAGUAAGGUGCACUUAUGUUAUUUGAUCUCUGGUAUACCGAUGCAACAUUUCUGAUUUGCGACACCCGAUUUUCAUGCUCUAUCAAGUCCUUGUUUGAAGGAUUUGAAGACAUCGAUGAUGGCCCUCGUGAUGGAACCUAUAAGCAAAUGGACACCUAAGCAAGUGCUGGAUUGGAUGAAAGGCCUGGAUGACUGUCUGCAGCAGUACAUUAAAAACUUUGAGAGGGAGAAGAUCAACGGGGAGCAGCUUCUCCACAUCACCCACCAGGAGCUGGAGGAGCUGGGGGUCACCCGCAUCGGACACCAGGAGCUCAUCCUGGAGGCUGUGGACCUACUCUGUGCCCUGAACUACGGUCUGGAGACUGAGAACCUGCGUACCCUAUCCCACAAGCUCAAUGCCUCAGCCAAGAACCUGCAGAACUUCAUCACAGGGAGGCGUCGAGGUGGCCAUUAUGAUGGCCGGGCCUCACGCAGGCUGCCCAAUGACUUCCUCACCUCCGUGGUGGACCUCAUCGGAGCAGCCAAGAACCUGCUGGCCUGGCUGGACAGAUCCCCAUUUGUCAGUGUGACAGAGUACUCCUUACUGAAGAACAAUAUUGUUCAACUGUGCCUGGAGUUAACCACCAUAGUACAGCAGGACUGCACGGUGUAUGAGACAGAAAACAAAAUUCUUCAUGUGUGUAAAACAUUGUCUGGGAUCUGUGACCACAUCAUCUCGCUGUCCUCUGAUUCACUGGUGUCCCAGUCGGCCCAUCUGGAGGUGGUGCACCUGACCAAUAUCAUGCCCAGCGAGGGCCUGGGAAUGUACAUCAAAUCUACAUACGACGGCCUUCAUGUCAUCACUGGGACCACUGAGAACUCUCCAGCUGACCAGUGCAAGAAGAUCCAUGCGGGAGACGAGGUUAUUCAGGUCAAUCACCAAACUGUGGUGGGCUGGCAGCUGAAGAACCUGGUGAACGCCCUCAGAGAAGACCCCAAUGGAGUCAUCCUCACCCUGAAGAAGAGACCUCAGAACACUCUCACGUCUGCCCCUGCCCUGCUCAAGAAUGUACGAUGGAAACCCCUUGCACUCCAGCCCAUCCCCACCAGUCCCAACAGUGAGUCCAACACCCCGCCCAACAGUAUGGGGACCAUGGGGAUGUCCUCUACGCUGGACAGUGGCCAUGACGUCUUCAUCCUGUCCCCAGUCUCUGGCCUCUAUGGACACAGAGACGAGAUAGGAAUCAUGUCCUGCGAUGACAUCAGCAAGUACAGCAUGGAGAAGAUGGGUAUGAAGGGCUCGGAGUCUCCCAGCUUCUACCUGGACCAUGAUGGGGGCAAGUACUUCACGUUGGUGGAGGAGGAUUGUCUGGCCCUGGGGCAGGAGUACGAGACUAGGGGUCGCUCCACCGGGGUCAGGCGGAGGGACAGGACACCCACCCAUGGUGACCUCAGGCCAGUUUCCAUGCCAACGGAUUACAACUGGAUGGCAGAGACAAAGGAGCCAAAUAUGUACAAGAGAGGUAGCAGAGACUCAGACAACUCCCUGCUACGUUACCUGAGUGACGACAAGAUCCUGGUGAUCCAGGAGGAGCCAGAUGUUUCCAGGGAAUGCAAGCGGGACACUGGGCGGCGUUCCCGCAAGAAGAGCCACAACCCCAGCAGCCCCAGCUAUCCUAUCAGCCCAUCCAUGCUGGCCCCGCCCAUCAGACUGGACUCAGGACCCCCAGAGGGCCUGUCCUUCUCACUGCCUGAGAGCAACACUGUGCCAAUAGCUGGAGACACACUGAGAGCUGACACGGACAGGUAUGCUAGUUUUGGCAUUGAAAGACAAGGAGGCUCAUCCAUGAGGAAGUCCUUUCACUAUGCGUCUUUAAGGACUAAGACCAAAAAGAGAACCAAAGGUUCUCUGACUAGCGCCAGUCGCAGGCGUAUCUCCUGUAAGGACCUGGGCCAUGGGGACUGUGAGGGCUGGCUGUGGAAGAAGAAGGAUGCCAAGGGCUACUUCACCCAGAAGUGGAAGAAGUACUGGUUCAUUCUCAAGGACUCCUCGCUCUACUGGUACACCAACCAGAAUGACGAGAAGGCUGAAGGUUUCAUCAGCCUACCUGAGUUCCGAAUAGAUAGAGCAAUUGAAUGCAGAAGGAAACAUGCCUUCAAAGCCUGCCAUCCCAAAAUCAAGAGUUUCUUUUUCGCCACAGACUGUUUGGAGGAGAUGAACAGAUGGAUGAACCGGCUAGGGCUGGCGGCGAUUGGCUACACACCUGACGAUAAGGUUCCACGGCCCGAUGAAGAUUAUUGGAGUGAGAGUGACCAGGAUGAGAUGGAUGGUUCUAUGACUCUGAAACAAGAGGGCAUGUCAUCUCGCUGUGACACCUACCACCGCACCCCAUCUGUGAACUCCUCCAGUCCGUUCCCUGAGCGCCACUUCUCCAGUGAGUCCACGUACUCCCACUCCUCAGCUGAGGACUCCCGUCCGGAUGUCCCUGGGAGCACCCAGUCCUCCGGCUGCCGCCCCACCCUCCGCCCCACCCUCCGUGACACCCAACGCCGCUCCUGGCAGGACCUGAUUGAGACUCCUCUCACCAGCUCGGGCCUCCACUUUCUGCAGACCGUGCCGGGGGAGGGUGACAGGGGUGACGGGGGCUACGGCAGCGGCCACAUGGGAAUGGGUCAGCUGCUUAUGUCCCCUGAGCGCCGACGCCAGGCCACACUGCCCACACAGAGGCGUCGACAACCCGACAGAGAUGGGCCCUUCCCAUUGGUGGACAUAGAGGAGCGCGAGCAGCGCCUUCACUGUGCCCACAAGCAGCGCAGCCAGAGCCUGCCCCGGAACAGGGACGUGCAGGGCACCAAGGGAAGCCUGCACUCAGCAGGACCCUCAGAGGAGAGGAGUGAGGAUGACGAGGUGCCAUUCAGAAAGCACAACUCCAAGAAACACCAAGAUUCUCAGUCUAAAGAGCGAGGUCAUGAUCAUGAGGGAGUGGAUGGCUUCCAGGAGCUGUAUCGCUCCAUAGAGCGGGCCAGCCUGUCUGCCCUGGGGGAGCAGAGGCCCUCCACUAAACAGGAUUUCAGACGCUCCUUUGUCAAGCGCUGCAACGACCCUGUCAUCAACGACAAGCUGCACCGCAUUCGUGCCCUGCGCAGCACACUCAAGGCCAAAGAGGGUGAUCUGGCCAUUAUCAGCCAAGUGCUGGACGACUCCGGUCUAAACUCCCAGAAGUUCCAACAGUGGAAGCAGCAGCACCAUGAGCUGUUUGUGGACAUCUGUGAGUUCAGCUCCGUCCCGACAGAGCCCCACCCCGAGGGAUCCGACCUCUCACCCCUGUCCCCACCACUGAUGAUGCACACCCACUCCUUCAUCGAAACUCACGUUUGAGACACGAGUACUCAGAGACAGAGUAACAAGGAGACACUGUGGAAUCAUGCCAUUAUCUCUUCCCCCGCAAUCGUUUAUGCAGCCAGGGUCUACCAUCAUCAUUCCCUUCAAACUAACUGACAAACCAAUCACUGUAAUAUGUGUACAUACUGCACUGAGGUCAAACAUAAGAGUAACUGCUGGUGUAUAUACUGUAUAUUGGAUAAAAUAAGGCCCCCACGGGGUGCCAUUCUGCAUGCCUGAAGAGAAACUAUCAUUCAUUAUCUUUAAAACAGAAAAUGCAACAAAUGAUAGAUUGAAAGAGAACUUAACAACAAAAAGUUGUAACUGUUUUUGGCUGAUGCAAAAGCAUUUUUUUUCUUCUAUUGUAUUUUUUCUUAUUUCAUUGCUUGCUUAAGAGGAAGGGAGUUUAGUUUUUAUUUCCUUUUUAUUUCACCUUUAAUGCUGCUUUAAGAGAGAGCUAUGUCGAGACUGGCUAAUAGGCAUCAUUCUGAUUACAACAAUGCACCCCCUACUGGGGCACCAUGGUACUGUGUGACCCUGAAACCCACGGAAAGAAAGACCCAAUCUGUUUAAAAAUAUGUACUGUAUGUAUGUAUAAGUGUGGAGAGAAGAUGGGUGUGUGAGGGAGAGAGAGAGAGAGAGAGAGAGAGAGAGAUGGAGGUAUUUGGCCUUUUAGUGUAUGAGGCUCAGUAGGGUUUUAUAAUGCAUUUCUGUUGUAUGUACGGAUGUUGCAUGUUUAACAUGUAUGUAUAAUUAUGUAGAUUUUGUUUGAAAUUUAAACAAAGUAGUUUAGCCAAACACAGCUCACCGGAAUGAAACUUUUACAUUUAUUGAUAUAUCUUUGUAGCUAUUAUGAUUUUGGCCAUCAUUAUAGAAUUUGUUGGUGAAAUUGAUUUUUUAAAAUCAAACAUCUGCAUGGUAGUUAACAUGUACAUGUGGCCAUUGGGGUUGAGAAAUGUGUUAAAGAAAAAUAUUAUAUUGUUUGCAUAGCAGCACCCUCUAUUUAAAACUGUGAACUAUAUACUUGUGAAUGCAAUCUUUAGAUUCUGUGACCACAGAAUCUUUUUACUUAUAUUUUUCUUAGAAAAAUUAUAUAAAAUACAAAAAGCA